AUGACCGACCAAGUUGGUAUACACACAACUCUCCAAAAUACGGAUCCCGUGAAAAAUGGCCCAAAACGCAAAACACUAGUGUUGUCAACCUCUGAUUAUAGCGCAAUAUCGAUAGAUUACCCCGUAGGCAAUAAUCAGUUGGAAGCAAAUAACCAACCGCAAGAGGAUUCUAUGCAUCCCUUUGAGCCUGUUUGCAUCAGUGUUACUCAAAAAUCGAAAUAUGAUAUCGGCACAGCACAAUCUUUCAAAUCAAAUUCUCUCCGGAGACGACAUAGUAGUAUAUCAUCUACAUCCGAUCAACCAAAACUAGGUCGUCCAAUUCGAACACCGUCUUUAGAUUCCUCACGAGUUGCUGAAAGUUCGGCCACAAACCAAAAACCUCCUACUGGACCUCCAAGACACAAUAGCGAAAGAAGGCUAUCUAGACCUUCAUCUGGAAAACGAAACCAAGGAGGGAAUAGCGUCAAAAGUGCAAGUACUGCCAGUUUGUCGUGUUCAGAUGACGUUAGUGUCAUCAGUUGUGCUGAAGAUGCAAAGGAGAAAGCUCCAAUCGAUUUGGAUUGUAAAGACAAACUCGAAAGGGCAACCUCAGCUGUCAAGCAUUUAAGAAAUUUAUCUCAUCAUGUAAGGAGUAAGGUUGAUUUGGAAUGCAACCAUGUCCAUAAUUCCAAGAUGGAUUUGUGUCGAUGGUGUGACAUACGACCCAGCACAGGUUCAUCAAAGUCUUCGUCGUCAUUAAGUAAGAAGAAGAAUUCUCCGUCAGUUUUCAAUAGACUUACUAAAGACGGAAAAGAUAAAAUGUUUAGGUUUUUCCACUGUGAAGACUAUACGGACUAUAUGUAUCACUAUCGGAUACAGUAUACUGUCAAUAAUGCUGGGGAUUUAGCUAAACAGGCACCUGUUCUGGGAAGAGAUGUACCCGAUCCUUACUUAACUAAACCAAGUAGUGUAUGUAUCGUAACGGAACUCAACCAAACAAGUCAAGCCUCAUUCAGCUUGACCUCUACCAGAAAAUCUGAUGAUGGUCAAGAAAGAAGUUGUCCUAAUUUAUCACCUGUAAGAUCAUUAGAAGAGACAAAAAGAAAACAAGACGUCGCGAGAGUGACCCCUACCCAACACAUUAUAAGUGUUAAUGACUAUAUGGAUUCUUAUCUACCUCAAAUCCAAACUGUACCUCGUGUUCCGUCCCGUUCUGACUCCUCUCCAGCAUUGUUGGGUGAACAUAAAUCAAAAUCGUUCGUUUUAUCGGAGAGUGUCGUGUCCAGUUCUCAAUUUGAUGGUGAAAUAGUUGGAAUGAAGCACAAAUUACCAACAGAAACUAUUUAUAAUUUUUCUAUGUUAUGCAAACCAACUGCUGGCGAGGAUAUUUAUAAUGAGUUAAAAAGUGGUUCGAGCUCAUAUCGCAAUCUGAAUUCCAACAGACAAAAGAAAGUUACUGAAGCGGUCGCGACGUACAAAAACAAUAUUGAAACUGCCAUAGCAUCUCCCAAAUGCGGGGCUAGUAAAACUGCUCAUAGUGAUAAGGGUUGUCACGGUUGUAAUAGGAUAACAUCUCUGAUACGUGGACAGAGAAAGGUUCCUCCGAAACCUCAUGAUAUCAAAUCCAAACGUGACAUGCCGAGCCAAUGUAAACCACUUGAAGAACCUUCGAUUAAUGUCUUUCACAGACUGCAGAAAUUACCCAUCGGUUAA